AUGGCGAAGCCAAAAGAAGAUUUCUCUCUCAAACAGACCAAACCAAACAUCAGUGGUUCCAAAAACACGACUGGUCCAUUGAGACCCCACGACCUCGUUGAACAAAUGCAGUUCAUGUUCGUAAAGAUUUUGAAAGCAAAGGAUUUGGUAGGGCCUGAUGGACCUGAUACCUGUGAUCCUUACGUGGAAAUUAUAUUAGGAAACUGUAAAGGCACCACAAAGAUCUUUGAGAAGAAGUCAAGCCCAGAAUGGAACCAAGUCUUUGCUUUCAAAAAAGAGCGGAUUCAGACAAUUACUUUGGAGACUGUUGUCAGAGAUAAGCUUAACAAAGUGAGUCAUGAAAUGAUUGGUAAAGUCAAGUUCAAUAUUGGUGAUGUUCCUAUGCGUGUUCAGCCAGAUAGUCCAUUGGCGCCACAGUGGUAUAGGUUGGAGGAUAAGAAUGGUGUGAAGCUUGGAGCAGGAGAGUUGAUGUUGUCUGUCUGGAUGGGGACUCAGGCAGAUGAAGCUUUUUCUGAAGCAUGGAUUUCGGAUGCUGCAGAAUCUGCAGGUACAGCAUAUACGAGGUCUAAGAUAUAUCAUUCACCUAGGCUAUGGUAUCUUAGAGUUAAUGUAAUUCAAGGUCAAGAUUUGGUAUUCAGAGAUAAGAACAGGAAAAAUCCGGAAAUUUUUGUAAGGGGUGCACUUGGGAAUUUGGUGUUGAGAAGUAGGAGUUCACCAAAUAAGAAUGAGAAUCCUAUGUGGAAUGAGGAUAUGAUGUUUGUAGCAGCAGAACCAUUUGAAGAACCUUUGGUUUUGAGUGUGGAGGAUAAGUUGAAUCCGAAUAAGGAAGAGAGUGUGUGCUUGGGGAGGGUUGUGAUUCCUUUACAAAAUGUGAUGAAGAGGGUAGACAAUGCACCUGCAAGUGCUAGGUGGUAUAAUCUUGAGAGACCUGAAAUUGCAGGGGAAAAGAAAGAACAGAACGAGGUGAAAUUUGCAAGUAAGCUUAAUGCAAGGAUUUCUUUGGAUGGGGGUUAUCAUGUUCUUGAUGAGGCUACUAACUAUAGUAGUGAUCUCAGGUCUACGGUAAAGCUGUUGUGGAGGCCUAAUAUUGGGCUAUUGGAAUUGGGGAUUUUGAAUGCUACCGGUCUGCCAGUGAUGAAGGGUAAAGAGAAGCGUACUGAUGCCUAUUGUGUAGCUAAAUAUGCGUCAAAAUGGGUGCGGACAAGGACUAUUCUUGAUAGUUUGGCUCCACAGUGGAAUGAACAGUUUUCAUGGGAUGUUUAUGAUUUGUGUACUGUUUUGACAAUUGGGGUGUUUGAUAAUGGUCACAUACAGGCAGGGGAUAUGGCUGGAAAAGCAUUUCAUCCAAGAAUUGGGAAGGUAAGAAUUCGUUUAUCCACUCUUGAAAGUAAUCGGAUUUACACUUAUUCUUAUCCGCUUGUGGUCUUACAAUCUUCUGGGGUGAAGAAGAUGGGAGAAAUUCAGUUGGCUGUGAGAUUUUCUUGUGCAUCUUUUUUUGAUACGCUGCAAAAUUAUACUCAACCUUUACUUCCCAAGAUGCAUUACCUUAACCCUCUAUCUGUAUAUCAGCUUGAUAGCUUGAGGCACCAAGCCGCUUUUAUAACCUCGUUGAGGUUGAGCCGUGCUGAGCCACCUCUAAGGAAAGAAAUUGUCGAUUACAUGUUAGACGUUGGAUCAAACAUGUGGAGCAUACGGAGAGCGAAAGCAAAUUACGACAGGAUCUUAGAUCUUUUGAGUGGUAUUUUUGCAUUAAUCAAAUGGUUUGAGCAGAUACGCAAUUGGAAGAGUCCUGCUGCAACAAUGGCCUUUUAUUUCCUGUUCUUGGUUGUGGUUUUUGUCCCAAAACUGACGUUGUCUACAAUCUUCUUAGUCCUUUUUCUAGUUGGGGUUUGGCGCUGCAUAAAGAGGCCAAGGCAUCCUCCUCACUUGGAUGCCAAACUAUCUCAUGUUGAUACAACAAAUGAAGAAGAACUCGAUGAAGAAUUUGAUCCAUUACCAUCUAAGAAAACAGGUGAAGUUUUAAAAAGGAGAUAUGAUCGAUUAAGAGGCAUUGCUGGGAGGAUGCAAGUGGUGCUUGGUGACUUGGCAACUCAAGGAGAGAGGGUGCAAUCUCUUCUAAGUUGGCGAGAUCCAAGAGCUACAAUGAUCUUUGUGUGUUUCUGCUUGGUAGCUUGCUUUGUGACAUAUGUCACUCCUUUUCAAUACGUUCUCAUUCUUUCUAUGACUUAUGUGCUAAGGCAUCCAAGAUUUCGUGUUGGCUUUCCUUCGGUGGUCCAAAACUUUCUAAGAAGGUUGCCUGCAAGAACAGAUAGCAUGCUUUGA